GAAGAAGCAGUCACAUUUUUGGGGAGCUUGCUUCUAGUAGGUGAUUACAAGUUUAUUCCCUUUGUCCAAUGGCAUUUUAUCCAACCUUUGGAGCUUCUUCUUCUGAGUUUUGUGCUAAACUAAAGCAUGCAUUAACAUAAGUGUUGAUACAUGUGACGUAUUGAGCAGGUUGCCAGCCUUCUGCAGAGGAACAGUCAGCUGACAUCACUCCCACAACUCUCUGCACAGGCUGUUGAUCAUGGAGGAUGAGAUGUUUGACCAGAUUGUUUCAGUGUUUCACAACCUGGUGUCGUGGGUGGCUGCUGGGGCCAUGGUGUUUGGAGGGGUGGUGCCUUACAUCCCCCAGUACAGAGACAUCAGGAGGACCCAGAAUGCAGAGGGGUUCUCCACAUAUGUGUGCCUGGUCCUCCUGGUGGCUAACAUCCUAAGGAUCCUCUUCAGAUUUGGCCGCUACUUCGAGACGCUGCUGCUGUGGCAGAGCAUCAUCAUGAUCGCCACCAUGCUCAUCAUGCUGAACCUGUGCACCAACGUCCGCAUGGCCGCUGAACUCAACACCAAGAGACGCUCCUUCAUAGCAACAGACAAUAAGGACGAGGAGAUCAGAAUCCUUAAGAGGCUCUUUCUGGACUUCGACUGGAGCUACUUCUGGUUGUGGAGUCGCUUCUUGGACUACAUGCAGUGCGUGCUGGCCUUCACGCUGAUGAGCGCCUACAUCACCUACCUCUUCCUGGAGUCCACGCUGUUCGUGGAGACCCUGGGCUUCCUGGCAGUCUUCACUGAGGCAAUGCUGGGAACACCGCAGCUCUACUGCAAUUAUCAGAACAAGUCCACUGAGGGCAUGAGUAUUAAGAUGGUGCUGAUGUGGACCAGCGGCGACACCUUUAAAACAGGCUACUUCCUGCUCACCCAGGCUCCUGUGCAGUUCUGGAUAUGUGGACUGCUGCAGGUCUUAGUGGACUUCACCAUCCUGUUCCAGGUGUACUACUACAGCCGCUACCCACAGAAACCAGUGUCCCACACUGUGUCCCACACCACCAGUGCCAAAGCCCUCUGAAAGUCGCUGCAGGCUCUCAGAGGACGUCAACACUCGAAAACACCAGUGAGGAAGCACUUUUAGAGGCGCUGUGGACAUGUAUAAACAUACAUGAGUACCAAACCGCCUUGAGAUGACGCAGGCUACUCACCAUCACCCUCUAGUAUACAUCAAGACACAUACACACCCAUAAAUAAGGCAUGAACAUUUACACUCGAGGCAUGAGCAGACACUUGGCGGUGUUGGUGCCUGCAGCGAUACCUGAAGGACACUUGUUCCUAACAAACCUUUUCAACCUUUUUUUCCCUUUUAUUUCUCCUACUGACUUCUUCUUAAUGCGACAGUAUGCUCGUGAUUUUGCAAUGCAGUCUUCUAAAAGAGUAUGUCCUUGAAUCAACCUGUGCAUGUGGAUAAUGUUAUGCACAUAAAUGAAUACAUAAGGCAAAUAACUGCGGAUGUAUUCACUGAAAUCUGUGCUCAAGGAAACGUGGACCAGCUUUUGUCAUCCACAUCAGCUGGUGAUGUGUUGCAUGGAGCCUCUGCCUUAAAUCCCACACAUUCAAACAUGGCUUGCUGCAUUACCAGCAAUAUACAUGUACGAAUCAAUCAACAGUAUCUUUAUACAGAACGUUACUGAAUGUACAAAAUGGUAUUUGUUAUUUUGUUGUAUUCCCAACACGGUGGAGAAAUGCUGGUCAGUCUUCCACUCGUUGGACAGAUGGUUGCCAUGUGCUGUGACACACAGGCUCAAAGUUGUGCAUUGACAGAGGAAUGAAAUUGUAAGAAACAAGUGGCAAUCAGACUUUACCAAAAGAAGAAAAAAUCUGAAAGGCUUGUAGAUGCAUUGUAUUGCCUUUUAAAAAAAAAAAAAGAAAAAAAGAUCAUACAAAUUAGCAACCUUGAUGGUAACGGAGCGAUGAGAUAAUCGAGUUUUGUAAAAGUCUGAUUAGUCUUCUGUAUGGAGCAAGUGUUGCUGUAGGAGCAAAGGUUUACAGUGUUUGGAAACAUUAUGAAACCUCUUGACCAGUGUUCUGGCUGCAUACAGGAUGUUGUUGAAUGGCCAACGCCAAGAUUUUUAUACUGAAGCUGUUGAUGACAUUUUUGUAUCUUUUUAUUUUGUUCAUUUUCAUUCUACAAAUUUCCAAAAAAAAAAGGCCAAAGGAGAUUGAGGUGCAUUUAGACUAAACACAAAGCGAAUUUAAGGGAGAGCACAGUGACGCAAGGACGAGUUACCCUCAGCUGAAAAUCUGGCUUAUCCUGUUGGUUCAUAAAGGUACAGGGGCAAGAGGAAAAAGGAGAAAUACUGGAGUAAACAGCAGAAGUAGUGCCGAGAUCAUCCAGAGGCUUGACACACUCUGCAUACACUUGUAGGCAUAAGUUGUUUUCUUUCCCGGAAGGGGGUGUUACAGUCUGAAUAACAAGAUGUAGAUGCAGCGAUAGCGUCCAUCAUUCCUAUCUAUCAGAAUUACAUUAUACACACAGAGUUAAUUGCUGAGAUCUGGGAAAGCAGCGACAUUGCCACAAAGAUCAGACACGCUCAUAAAGAAUUUUGUUUAGUACUGUGGUUAUUAUUGCCAAAAUAAAUUACAGCCAAAUUAUUCCCUUGGUUCACUUUUUACAGAUUGAUACUUCUGAAUAUGUUCAGCAAAAUGGUAUAUUCACUUUCCAUCAUGUCUCCGGGUUAUUUUGUCAUAUUGCAAAUCCAAUAACAUCCCCUGAUAUGCCUACUCAUGACUCCACAUUACUGCUAUGGGUAGAUUGUACUCAUCACCAUUUUGUCACAAGAAAAAUUAAUUUCCUGUUCAGAAGGAACAGCAGCCAUAUAACGCAGUGAAGAUAUUGUGUGUUAUUUUUCUUUUUGUAAUCUUUCUCUGCGGAGGGGAGAAAUGCCAAACCGGGAGAUGUCAAUGCUGUCAGCCCUUCAGUGAACUGUGUACCAGAGCAGACCGGAUUCUGUCCUCUCCUGAGCCUCAAAAAAUGGAAACUUACCCUUUUGUUCCAGACGGACAUGGCAGGAGAUGCUUAUGAAUAAUUCUUUCCUCGCUUUUUAAAAUAUACGAAAAACAUAUGGUGGAUCCUUGGUUUCUUAGUUGAGGGUGUGCACUUUUUUUGUGUUUUAACACCUGUUCAGUCACCCUAUUUAUUUUGUUAUCCUUUUUUUUUUUAAUAUAUAAAUCUGUAAAUGCCAGUGUAAGAUCAUGUAUGCUUGCUGUUUAUUCAGGCAGUGGUGGGGUUAACUGUGUUGUUUGGAUAAUGUGAGGUACCUGCCAAGUUCUUGUUGUGCUAGACAGGAACAAAACGACCUCAGAGUUUCACUUUAUUUACUCUUCCAUUCCAUGAAUCUGAUUAAAUUUUCUUUUUUACUUUGUGUUUUCUGAUCAUUUGGUCAAUUCAUUUUCACAUCAAAGGUAUUUUCCCAUAUAUACUGCCAUGUUGUGCAUUGUCUUAUCUGUGAAACCCACGACCUUGUUCUGUUUAUGUACCAAAAAUAUAAUUACCAGUUUGUUCAGUUUUUAUUCCAUUUUACUGUUGCAUUGUUGUUUUGUGUUAAAAUGUUUCUUUUGAACUGACAGUUGUCCAUCUCAAUAACUUGUGACAUCCAUCAACACUUGUUUAAACACCAAGAAUAGUUGAGAAUCCGACAUGGCAUUGACACACAAUAAAGAGGACAU